AUGCACUGCAAAGUUGAUGACGAAACUGGUCGCCUCACCUACCGCUGCCAUAUGGGCAUAGUACUGACGUCUCAAGAUAAAUUACUGUAUGAUGAUUUGAUUCCGUCCCGAGGCGUCGAGGAAACAACUCCGUUUCUGGAAGGGAACGACCGAAAAACAUUCUUAUCCUUUGCUAGACAGAUGCUCGCCUGGCUCCCGGAGGAGAGAAAGACAGCUCUCUUCAUCGUCAAGGGGAAACCUGCUGGCGGGUUCUGUCCAAUGGACAUUCAGCAUAACAUUGCACUCCUCUGUACUACCGAAGUGAGUCGAAGUGUAACAAAUGCUGUUCCAUAA